AUGGCUCGCAUAUUGAAUGUUACAAUUGUUGGCGGCGGCAUUUCCGGCUUGCUGGCUGCACGAGUCCUUCGUGAGAAACACAAUGUCACCAUCGUCGAGCGCUACGCUGGGAACCAUGAGUUUGGCGCUGCAAUCACGCUCGGUCCCACAGCCAUUAAUAUUAUCGAGACCCUUGGCUUUGAUCGCAAGCGAGGCGGGACCAUGGCGGCGGAAAAGAUUCUUGUCUGGAACAAAAAUUUAGACAGAAUCAGCGAAAAUCUCACCAAGAAGUAUACAGCAAAGCUGAGCGGGGACUUCACAUUCUCUUACCGCCGAGACGUCUGGGAUGAGUUCCUUCGACUCGCGACUUCGAAUGAAUUCCCUGGUAGUCCUGCAAAGAUUCUUUGGGAAUGCAACGUGGUCAAUGUUGACGUCGAGUCUGGGACAGUAUACCUAGACGAUGGUCAAAAGAUAGAAAGCGAUCUUGUCAUAGAUGGAAUUCGGUCCUCAGUUCGGAACCUGGUUCUCCAACAGGAAGAAUCUGUAUACGCUCGGCCAUCUGGAUCAUCCGCCUUCCGAUUUACAAUUCCUGCUCCUGUAGUGCGCGAGAUCCACUUGAAGCAUGGCCGCACAGAUGAUCCUUUGGCACCCAACAUGAACUUAUACAUGUCCAUGGAUGGGUCACAGCGCACGUGUGUGACUUAUCCGUGCCGAUUUGGCCAGCUACUCAGCUGUGCUUUCGUCGUUCCUGAUAAAUUGAUAGCUAGAGAGACAAUUGAAUCAUGGGCGGCCGAAGCUGAGGAAGGCGAAAUCCGACGUCUAUUUCACGACUUCAACCCAAUAUUUUUGGACCUAGCAGAUCGUGCGGAGAAACCACGUUGCUGGCGAUUGCGGGACCAAGACCCGCUGCACACUUAUACGCGAGGAUGCACGAUGCUGAUAGGCGAUGCUGCUCAUGCGAUGACUCCGCAUCUGGGUCAGGGUGGCACACAAGCAAUCGAAGAUGCUGCUGCUUUUGAAUUGUUCAAUGACCCGGAUUACGACGCUUGUACUGUAGAAGAGAUCCUGCAAAUGAUGGACAGAGUCAGGAGACAGCGUGCUACUCAAAUCCAGACAUGGACCCGAGAGUUUCAGACUUGGAAAAAGCGUGCCUUGGAGGAAAGGUACACGUGGUACUGCUGGACGUAUCCAGGUAUCAAGGAAUGCUUGAAGCGAUUGAAUGCCGGACUUGAAAUGAUUGAACUCAAGCACUUCAAUGAUACGGAUGCAAAGCAUUCCCAGCAACAGGCUCUGAUCGCUAAGCCUGGAGUUCUUCAGGAGGUUGUUCCAUAG